AUGAGCGUUUCGAGCGUGGAGACGAUUUGUUCCUAUUCCAGCGGGGGGGUGAGGGAAGCGAGCCAGGCAAGUCAAACGAGUCAAGCGAGCCAAGCAAGUCAAACGAGCCAAGCAAGCCAAGCGAGCCAAGCAAGCCAAGCAAGCCAAGCGAGCCAAGCAAGCCAAGCGAGCCAAGCAAGCCAAGCGAGCCAAGCAAGCCAAGCAAGCCAAGCAAGCCAAACGAGCCAAACUGAAACCACACACAGAACGAACAUAUCCAACCGAUCAGACGUGAAAAACUUAGCCAACCAAACCGCGCUAAGUUGCGCUCUAGGAAGAAUCAGCUCCAACUACGUAAUCCACGCGAGCAACAAGACAAACGGUGCUGGAGAGUGGGGCAGCAGGGUGAGCACCUCCAAUGCGGUGAGCAGCCUCUGUAAGGCUACAAAAAUUAUUAGCCUCUGUGAAGACCCCCCCGUCAGCACUACAUACAUUGGAAAUGGAACUGACGGGGGGAAGAAGGCGGAGGAGCUGGCUCAGAAGAGCGUCACUCAUGUGAGAGGUUGCCAGAUGGACAGUCAUCAGGUGGGUGUGACCCAGACGGAGAGUAAUUCCGAAAGGGGCCCCGAGAACGAUGGGGAAACGAAUAGAGACCCAGACAGGAGCGACGACAACGAUAGAUGUAACAUCUCCUGUGAAGCGAACAAUCAGUUAGAAGCAGUGAAGAACCCAAGUUAUAACCUCCAUAGUAGCAACAAACGAGUGAUCAUCCAGGGGAUAAAAAAAAACUGUCAGACGAAUGGAAAUGCUUUUACGUAUCUGAAUGAGGUUCUGGAGAAGACCUACAAGGAGACUGUCGAGCUGGAUGGGUCCGAGUACAUCCUUUUGUAUGACAUUUGUGUUCAGGAUGGAGGGGAUGGCGCAGCUAGCCAUUCGGGCGAAAGGGGGAACUCCACUAAGAAUGUCUCCUGGGGCGGGUCUCCAGCUAGCCAUUUGGACGAACGAGGAGACCAUACUAGGAACGUCUCUUUGGGCGUAUCUCCAGCUAGCCAUUGGGGCGAAAGGGGGAACUCUACUAAGAAUGCCUCCUGGGGCGUAUCCCCAACAGCUGGCGCAACCCCAUUGGGGGAGGAAAAGCACGCCCUCUCCCUCCACGCGUACAACAAGUACGUAGACGUUUUUCACAACAUAUCAAAUCAGCUGAGUAAAGUCAGGCGACUGAUAUACCCCCUGGAGGUACCACCUCUCGGUAUGUCCACCUCCACGGGGUCGCUACCAAUUGGGGGGGCAGCCCCCAACAGGGUUGCAGAUAAUCACGCGGAGAGACAAAGGAGAGAAGGACGACCACCACAGAUGGGGACACGUAGAAUGGUCGGCGGACUUGACGAGACGAACCUGGAGUUAGUACAGUCCCUGUUCGCAGAGGAAACCCAGAUGGGGGGCGGCCCGAAGGUGAAGCUGCUGGAGAGGCUCAACGGUCUUUUCCUCACCGCCAUGGGCACCAUUGGGAGGGAGGCCGCCAGUCCGGUUGGCAUAGCGGGUGGUAUAGCGGCUGGUGUAGCGGCUGGCGGUAAGGCUGCCCCCACUUUUGGUGAUGACCCCCCCAAGGGCGCUGCGCACCCAGGGAGUGACCCCUCCCCGAACGCGCCUCCCCACCUCCAUGCGACCUACCCCCCGAGGAAGAGCCAACUAACCCCAUUGGAUGAGGCCAAAAUUACGCAGCACAUGAAGGCCAGCGCAAACAGAAGGGUGCACGAAAGCGACAUCUAUGACAUUCAAAUAGUGAAGAAGGGGCACGUCUACCUAUACAUCCAGAGCGGUCACUGGGAUGACUACUACUGCGUCCUUUUCCAUUUAAAAAGCAACGUGCUCUUUAAGAACGAUCUUCUGUAUACUCAUUACUGCAGGGUCUACGACAGGGGGGUUCUACAGAAGGUAGUAAAUCCACCUGACUUGUACAGCAACUAUUUCAUAGCCUUUUUUAAAGACGACCGAUUGGAGAUGGACCGACUGUCUAACCUGCAGCUAGCCAUCAUGAUCAGAAAAAAUUAUUAUCCGUUCGUAAUUGAAUUGUCUAGAAAUAAAAAGGCAAGCAUUGGUAUUCACACUGGCCAGGAUCUUCCCCUUCAUGGUGGUCAUCUCCAACGGGUGAAAAGCUCCCUCAUCUGUUUUGAUGUCCACUCGGACCCGUUUUAUUUCAUCCCCGUUGAGUGUCUCCCGGAUGAUGUGGCAGCCUCCUCGACAAGUGCAACUGGUGGGGUAGCUAAUGAGCCCCCCCAAGGGGGAAUCCCCCCGCGGGUCAGAGUGAAACUCCACUACGGCCUGCUCAAGGAGUGGAACGACUGCCUCGGCUCCGUCAUGGAGAGAGCCAAACAGAGGCAGGCAAGCCUGCUUGACAAACGGGGGCAAAGUGAGAAGACGCAAUAUGUUAACAAAAAGUUCUGCCAAUGGAUCGAGGCGUUCAAGAAGGAGAGGAACAUCCCGGAGGGGGGCGCGUCUCGCCGGGCCGUGCCCCACCGUUGCGGUGGCGAUUAA